AUGGAUUAUCAUACAUUGGUCGAUUAUGCACUUUCGUCCUUUGGACUCGAUGGCGAAACCGACGGCGCAUUCGAGUCCAAGCAACAUCUCGAGCCUGUGCGAAGCCUGCCGUACACAUUGCUAAUAUAUACAGACCGCUUGUAUCUAGCAUCUUACACCACUCCUCCUUCUGCCGACACUCUCUUCCCAUAUCCCGACCCCCCAACGUCCCGAAGAUCUCCAAGCAAGCGAUCUGCAAGAGUCGACGGUCCGUCUGCCAUUCUCUCCGAUCGAGACCGCACUCCUCCAUGCUACUUCUCCGUCGAUGAUACAUUGCUAUAUAACGCAUUCCACCACGAUUUCGGACCACUUCACAUUGGACAUCUCUACCGAUUCGCAGUGCAGUUCCAUGAUAUUCUCGGUGCUCCCGAAAACAAGAACAGACCUGUUGUCUUCUGGAGCAAGGCGGAUGCCAGAAGUCGAGCAAAUGCUGCAUGCUUGCUUGCAUCGUAUAUGGUUCUCAUCCAAUCAUGGGCUCCACAUCUCGCACUUGCGCCUAUUGCACAAGCCGACCCACCUCUCAUGCCGUUCCGAGAUGCAGGAUACAGCCAAGCAGACUACGGGAUCACUGUGCAAGAUGUUGUGUAUGGAGUCUGGCGUGCGAAAGAGCAAGGGUUCUGCGCUUUACCGCAAUUUGACCUCGAGGAGUAUGAGAGAUACGAGCGUGUGGACCAAGGAGAUUUCAACUGGUUGACUCCAGACUUCCUGGCUUUCGCCUCACCACAACAUACCCCUGUCGCAGUUGUACCGACUUCAUCUGCUCUGUAUGCCACUUUGCCAUCGACUGUUGCCGCUGUUGAUGCUCAUCCUACACUUCCUACGCCAUUCAAGAAUGUUUUGAAGCAUUUCCAUGACCGAAACAUUGGUCUCGUGGUCCGCCUGAACUCAGAAUUGUACUCUCCAUCAUUCUUUACCGCCCUUGGUAUUGAGCAUUUGGACAUGAUCUUUGACGACGGAACGUGUCCGCCUCUGAAGACGGUGCGGAAGUUCAUUACGCUGGCACAUGAGAUGAUCACAGUGAAGAAGCGAGGAAUUGCAGUGCAUUGCAAAGCUGGCCUUGGUCGUACUGGUUGCUUGAUUGGGGCAUAUCUGAUUUACCGUUAUGGCUUCACUGCCAACGAGAUCAUUGCUUACAUGCGUUUCAUGAGACCAGGUAUGGUUGUUGGUCCUCAACAACACUGGUUGCAUCUCAACCAAGGGACGUUCAGAGAAUGGUGGCUGGAGGAGCAGUUUGAGAUCAAGAUGAAGGAGAAGUUGGCGAGCAUCGCACCAACCACACCAACCAGAAUCUCUCAAAAGCAAUACCUGAUGAACAACCAGAUUGCAACUCCUCCAAAUGGAAGUAGACGGUCACCACUUGGCGAAGUUGACAACGAGCAACGCAAUAGCAUUGGUGUUCAGGAAGACUGCUUGCCGGCACCAACUCCAGGCCAACCAAGAAAGACCAGCAGAGCGGUUGACAGAGCUGUGGAUCGUCACCACCCAUACGGUCGCAACGCCUCCACUACAUACACUACUACCACCGAGGAUGAGCACUUGUUACAACGCGAGACAGAAAUGAUCUCUAUUCAUCGCUCUUCACUUGACGACCCUGAUGGAGAGGACGAAAUCCAAUUCCGCAUGAGAAGUAGCCGCAAAUCAUCACGAUCUCCGGCUAGCAGAAGCAUUAGCCAGACCACUACCCACAUCUACUCUAUCGACAAUGAUAGCAGCAAUGACGUUGAGAACCUGGGCUCUGGACCACGACCUAAGACUCCUGGUGCUAUGAAGUCAGGCAGCGGCUCCAGCACUCUCAGCAAAGUCCGAAGCCCAAAGCGAAGCGGUGACAGCUUGCGAGGGGAGAAGAGUGCUGGUAUUCGAAAGACUAGUGGACGAGUAGGAAGCAUCAGCUCGACUCGAAAGGUAUCAGGCCUAUGA